UAGCGCUACCUACAUAACAUGUAAUACUGCGCGUUCUCUUGCACGCGAUACAUAAUACUCCAUCUCUCGAAUAUUUCAUUAGGAAGUUGAUACAUACCGCGGCGAGAUGGAGAAACACACGAUACCGAAAACAAAAGGGAUUCCCUACACCAAGGCGUAUUGAUGUUGAGCAUCUAAGCAAUAAUUUAAACCAGCGGAGAACCCAGAAAAGGGUUAUUUGAUAUUUUGUGCCUCAGUGGUCGACCAAGAACCACUGUGGAUUGAUGUUGUUGCGUGCACUGGAAGAAAUAGCAUAUUCCUCGAAUUCUGCAUUUUUCAUUCUUAAAUUUUCCAACUACGCACGGGAUUUGAGAGUGCACCCGGUGUAUUUCUUGUUUUUAUCGCUUUGGACAUACAUACUAGUGGAAGAUUGCACCAAAUAUUUUAUAUUCAUCUCAAUAAAAUGUUGAGAUGUGGAUGUAUAAUAUUAUCUAGCUUCAUCAUAUAUAGAAGACUCGGCUGAAUAUUAUAUGGAGAUUGGAGUUGUCGGCAUAUUAAUCUCUAUUGACAACCAAUGCGAAUCUACACCGCUAUGUAUGCAUCCUCCCUGCACUGUGCCAUACCGCAUGAACGCUCUAGCUCGACUAGAAUGCACAUACACUCCGGAGAGGUUUCUGUCAAUUAAUGCUGUGACGUCACAACAUGAGCGCUACGACGCCAUUAAUAUCAGGUGUGUUCGGUGAAGCUACGGAGUUCGUCACAUCCAACACAGAUAUGGCUAUAGAGGGUCGCUUAGUAACCACCGAGUUAAGCACGUCGCCAUGGGAACAACCCACACUGCCUGGACCAGAUCCAGGAACAACUCCACAGAACCAGGACCAAGACAACAUCGUCAUGACAUUUGGAACGGUCAUGGGGACUAUCGCUGCUUCCCUGAUGUGCAUGACGUGCAUAUUCGGUAACAUUCUUGUAGUUACCGUGGUGCAGCGAAGUCGUCGGCUGCAGAGCACGACGAACUAUUUUGUGAUAUCGCUUGCGAUUGUGGACUUAGUCAUGUCUGUUCUUUGCAUGCCUUUCAUGAUUGGUCUUAUCAUAGCAGACGAAUGGGUGUAUGGUGUCUUUAUUUGUAAGCUAGUGAGGUUCUUACAAUACAUGAAACCUGGUGCAACGGUCUACGUUUUAAUAGCCAUCGGCGUCGAUCGUUUCUAUACGAUUCUUUAUCCACUCAGCUUCAAAAUCACUCGAGGAAAAGCGAAGAAAAUGAUUAUCAUCAGUUGGUCCAUCGCGACUCUUAUCUCAUGCCCUGCCUUCUAUUUCUUCAUGCUUACUGAGCUUGCAGGAAACAAAACAGUCUGUACGCCUUUUGUUUCCUUUGAAGCAGCCGGAAUCAUGUACAUCACCGCUCUGCUCCUAAUCGAAUUUAUCUUGCCCCUGGUCUUGCUCUUGAUAACUUACGCGCGAAUUUUCCGCCAUAUUUGGACGGUGGGCAUACGCGGACGCGCGCUGCAGCGGACAAUGAAUAGCGUACCGCGCGCGAAAGUGAAAACCGUAAAAAUGUUGAUGAUAGUGAGCAGUGUUUUCUUCGUCUCGUGGACGCCGUUCUUUGUCGUUCAGGAAUGGUUUACGUGUGCUAAAGACAUGUCAGAGAUCAGCCAAUCAGAGGUGAACAUUUAUUGGGCCACGGUGUGGGUAUCGCUGACGUCUUGCGCGUGGAAUCCUGUCAUAUAUUCGUGCUACAACCCGAACUUUCGACGGGGUUGCAAAGAGGUUUUCUGCGUCUCCACGAUGAAGUGCUACCGGAAGGACACCUACGCCAUUACGAACUCGUCCAAGUUCUCGCGUAAGAAUCACGUUGGAGUGCUCACUGAAGAUGUCGAUGGAGGGCGCUCGUUCACGUCGUACCGUGCGUUCGAUCGCGAUGCUAACGGCGACAAAAAGAUGGCGUGGCCUCUGCCUACCACUACGUCCACAACCUAUCUCUGACAACACUGAGUCAAUGGAAAUCCUUUACAAGGAUAUCCACAAGCCUUGCCAUCUCUGCACAACUCAGAUAGCAGAGAGAGAAAAAUUAUAUAUUUGAUUAUGUAUUUAUUUAUAAAUAUCUGAUUUAGGCACUGUACGGAUUGGAAGUUUCCUUGUUAGAAGAACCGAUUUUAUGUAGCUUUGAUACGGAUUAUUGUGCUACAAAGCUUAUAAAGACCCCUACUUAAAGCACAAAAUGUACACGUCCUAUUAAAUAGGAUAUUUUGGUGUGCGCGCUUAAUUAUAAAUAUGACAAUAGGAAAGAUUUU